AAAAUAAUUACACUGGGAUACUUCGUGAAGUAUGGUAUCAAGUAUAUUCGGCAAAGUAUAAAAGUUUCAAUAACGUUCUAAUGGGCAAGUUUUUACUGAACGAAACAUAUCUUCUCCCAUCUUCACAAGGCUUCAAAAACGAGUUACGAACACUCCACUGCAUUAACAUCAAUGGAAUGCGCACGCAAACCAAUCAUUUAGCAGACGACAUACAACAGUGUCAAGAUUUUGGGCGGUACACAUUGCUGGAACAAUGCCCUGCGAGAUUUCUAAGCUAAUAAUUAUACUAAAUGCAUUACAGAGUGGAUUUUAAGUUAUGUAUGCUCUGGACAUUGCUCGUGCUUCAGGUUUUGCUAGUGAUAUAUUAUUUGCUUGUGGCUCCUUCAUCACACAUGUUUGACUAUCCUACUUCGACACCAAAAGAACACGAAUUUUCGUUCUCCAGCAGCUCGAAACCAUACCCAAUUAGAUUUGUUGCCCCUAGUGGUAUUAACGCUGUGCCAUAUCAUAAAAAAUUGCAGGGAUACCUCACAGAAAAAAGUCGUGCAAUUUUGCCCAACACUGUAGCUUCCAAAUAUUUUGUUAAAUUGAACAAUGAAACUGUGUGUUUUGAACGGGGAACAGACAUACGUUAUACAAAGAGACGACAUGCACAUCACAUGGAUCAAACAAGAUGUGAAUGUAAAAAAGGUUGGCAUGGAAAAGACUGUGGCCAACCUGAAGUAAUCUGGCGAGCUUUCAUAGCAUCUCGUCAAAAAAUAUCCCCCAGGAGACGAAAAACACCUCGGAGAAUUAUUCAUGGUUUUCCAAUUACAGGCUUAGAAACAACAAUAGCUGAAAUUAAACUUCAUGAACUAUCGCAUGUUGUUGACUUUUUUGUUAUAGGAGAGUCAAACCAUACAGCAACAGGACAUCUUAAACCGCUUUACUUCAGGCAUAAACUUCAAGACAAGGGAUUUAUCUCUGAAGAUAUACGACAGAAGCUUCUUUACAUUCCGUUGACAGAUCCCUUGUAUAGUGAUAGUAAAACAGUUAAUCACAGCAGCGCUUACAGCAAGAGUAUUAGACAACAACUGUGGCAAAGAGGGCAAGUCACAUUAACAAAUUUAAGAUCAGAUGACCUGUAUAUAGACUCUACUGAUGCAUAUCAAAUUCCUAAUCCAAAAGCACUAUUAUUCUUCAAACUGUAUGAUGGCUGGCCAUUGCCAGUUGCAUUUCGGUUGCGGUGGUCCGCAUAUGGUUUCUUCUGGCAGCAUCCAAAGAGGACUGUCAUAACACCAGGUGUUUAUACAGUAGGAAUUAAGGCUGAUAUAUUCCAUAAUAGUCCACUGAGGAUUCCAGGUUAUCUCAUUCCAGGGUUGGAGGAACCUGAAGGGAGUUCGAUGUAUGAACUUCUUGUGGGAGACUUGAAUCACUAUGGUGGCUGGUACUGUAGUUGGUGUCUCGAACCAAACGAUAUUGUUACCAUGCUGCAAUGGACACCUCACGAUAACAGUCCAAUCGACUGGGACAAAGUGAACAGCAAAAAGAUUGAUGCAGCAUAUGUAGAAGAUCUUGUUGGUACAGGGUUAUGGCUUGAUGGUGUUACACCCCUUAUUAGAAAAUCUCAGCACAGGGACUUGUACUUUGCUCCUGAAUAUGUUACAAACAACACUUGGAAGUACGACUUUCUAUACACUAAUUUCUAUAGCAAACUUGAUUACUAUAAUUAACCUUUAUCAUCUGUGUGUCGCACCAUUGUGGUAGCACAUACAUAGGUCCAGCAAACCUAGUGACAUUGUUUCCGAUGUGAAUGUCACUAAUCCCUACUUAAAAUCCAGCUGCAAUUACUACAAUAGCAAAAGGCUUAAAUCCCAUGGUCCCAGAUGAGAAAGGUUAAUAACUGCAAUAGGAUGCUGUUCAGUUGAUUUUGAAUUAUGUUGUUGGUAAUAACUUAAAAAUACUAUCAAUCAAAUUAUGAAUUUAUUCUUGUGAUUUUAAAUGGUUUCACAGCGAUUUAAAAUUUGUCAGCUGUACUGUUAACUAGUUUAAAAGAAAUGUAAUACUCAAAUUCUUACUUACAAGAAGUUGGGCUGAAAUAGACUCACGUGCUUCCAAACCAGGAAGUUAAAUUUGAGGGUAUGCAGGCAUUAAUUUACUUAAAGAUGGCGAUUUUUCUGGUCAAUUAUCAUGUUCUUAUGAUGUCAGAAAUAAGAUAGUUAUGUAAUGUGUUCAGAAGUUCUGCAUAAUCCAUCUAGGAAAUUCAUUGUUCUUCCACAGAGGUGGUUCUUCAACAGUUUUAGAGACAGCUAUAUUAAGACUUAACAAUUUCAAAGGAAGCACAUUUGUACUUGUUUUAAAUUUUGAUUAUAUUCUAUGCAGAAGCAACAAUAUUUGUGCUUUCACUGUUAAUACAUAUGCUUCCAUAGAUCAUCUUAAUGCAAGGUCUGCUUGUUCAAACUGCCUUACUUUGGGUUAUACUUCUUAUUAAUUUCAGUGAAGUACCAUGCAAAGAAAGAACGGUAUACUAGAAUGAUUUCACAUCCAACCAUUAGCUGGACACAGGAAGCAACUAAUUGAAAUUCAGAAAGUCUGAAUAAAUUAGUUUUUUCUUCCUCUACUAGCAGUGAGGAAAGAAAGAGAUCAUAAAGGUAACUGUGCCACAAUGAGGAAACAAGCUUCCAAAUUUCUGAUGAUUAAGAUUUAGAAGUGAACAGGGUCCUGUGUCAGAAGUGUCUUGUGAUGGUGCUGAUGGUAAUUUUCUGAAUAUGUACAAACAGUUCAGAUAAAACUACCAAAGACUUCCCUGCAUCAUGCAACAUUGUGUUCCCCACAAAAGGCAAAGGAUCCAUAGCCAGCUAUCAAAUUUUAUUCAGAGUUUUUGAGAAACUGAUAGUCACUCAGCACAGAAAUUCUCCAUCCCUUACAGAAAGUGAAUGUUCAUUGCCAUGUACACAAGAUGCCACUACUGGAUCCUGCACAGAGCAGCCUCACGCUGUUUCUGUGAGAUCUAUUUUUGUAUUAUCAUCCCAUCUAUGCCUAGGUCUCCCAAGUGGUCUCUUCUCUUCAGGUGUUCAGACUAGAGUUUUAUAUGUAUUUCUUAUUGCUCCCACAUGUUCUAUGUGCCCUACCCAUGAUUCAAAUUUGCCAUAUCCUAGCACUGGUACAGUACACUUACUGAUGGAGCUGAGCCCUUCUUGAGGAGCCACCAAUUCUGCA